AUGGCUGGGAAAACUGAAUUACUACUGAUAAUAUUAGUAGCUAUACUGACAUCUCUUAUACAGAUUAGAUCAGAAACAUGUACUUUCACGAGAACCCCUGAUACAAGGGGGCUUAUUGAUGGAAAGUUUAAAGGAAUUAUUUCUUUGGAUGAUUGCGAAAAGGCGUGCCGUGUAGACAGUUCAUGUGUAGCGGUUUAUAGAAAUCCACCUGUAUGUUAUUUUGCGUUGAAUACACAGACAAGUCCAGAAUCAAGAACAACACAUUCUUUGAAAUCUUGCGUUGAUGAUACAACUCCAGAGGCCACCACUCCAGAACCAACAACACCUAAACCGACAACACCUGAACCGACAACACCCGAACCGACAACACCUGAACCGACAACACCCGAACCGACAACACCUGAACCGACAACACCUGAACCGACAACACCUGAUCCAACCGAACCGACAGCAGCAGCAUCAAACCAGGGAAGCAGCACAGAAGGUAUGAUAUAUAUUCACAUUCCCAAUCACUUUGCUAUUGACAUUCGACUAAGAUUCAAUAAGGGAUACUUUUGGUUUUGGUGA